AUGAGUCUAGUUGAUACCUUCGAUAUUUUGUCAUUCUUAUUGAAACACUUGAAACCUUCAGCUUGGAAAAACGAUCGGCCAGUAAGUGAAAAAUCCGAAUCUCGUGUCCUAAAACCCAAUUUUUCCAGCAAUCUUAUAACUUCGAAGAACUAAAAGUGUUGGCAAGAAUGGCAACGGAAGUUUUGAAAAAUGAUAGGAGUUUGGAACGAGUAAAUCCACCUUGUACAAUUGUCGGUGAUAUUCAUGGACAACUGUCGGAUUUGAUUCGGAUUAUCUUUUAUAAUGCCGCAACUGGAAAUUUGGGGUUGGAUGAUUUGAAGACAGGAAAGUGGGUGAUUUUCUGAAACUAUUUCGACCUGGUGACGACCGAAAAACAAUAAAAAAAAAAAUGUUGCGAAAAAUUUCGAACUCGCAUAGCGUGACCCUGCGCUAGGCACCUCACAUUUUUUAAUGUGUUUUUUUCUCUCCAUUAUUUCGUUUUUCUUUUUUCGCCAAAAUCUUAUCCGUAUAUCAAUGUACUGUAAAAAUUUCAACAUGAUUUGAAGUGUUGAGUAAAAAAAGGUUCCCUUGUUAGAGUUGUUCUGGAGGCUCGAUAAAGAUUUUUCAAAAAAGUUUGGGAUCUGAAAUUCACUCUGAAUACUGUGAACAAAAAUAAUUUCUCAAAAAUUUGUGAUCUUUUUUUUCAGAAGCUUUUUUUCUUGAAAAAUCAUCGGAUUUCAGAAAAACCGUCUGUAAUCGAACCUACAACCCUAAGUCAUCAGAUUCUUGACCCAAAGUCCCGAUUUUACGCAAUGUUCCAAGUUUGCCACGUCAUAACUCUACGACAAAGGAAUCAGAAUGUCGAAAACUACUAAAAAACAUAUAGUCCAAAAAAUCUCGGUUUUAAGUUGAAAAAUUUUUCAUGUGAACACAUUUGUGGCAUCAAAAAUCUAACAAGGGAACCUUUUUUACUCAACAUUUAAAAACUUGAUGAAAUUUUGAGAAUAGCAAGCUCGGAAAACCAGUCCGACUUUUAUUUUUCUCCCAAUCGACCUUGGAGCCCAGUUCUGAGCUCUCAAAAACUCAAAAAAGGCUCGUUUCAAGAAUAAUUUUUGGGAAAAAUAAAGUUUCAGAUAUUCAUCAGCAUAGUCGAUUUACCAAACGUACAUCAAUAAAAAAGUUUUUUUUCGAAAAAUUUUGGAAAUUUUUACUUUUCCGCUGAAAAUUCAUAUGCUCAUACUUUUUUUAAAAAUCAAAAAAAAUUUUCUGAAAAUUUAUUUUAUCCAUGCAUUUUGAGUGAAUCGACUACGCUGAUCAUCAUCUGCUACUCAGUUUUUCACAAAAAUCAUCGUGAGCUGAGUUAUGAUGACAUUUAUGAGCCAAUUUUAAAACUUUUGAGAGCCCAGAACUUGGCUCAGGUGUCCAUUGGAAGACUAAAAUUUUUAGGAUGUUCUUUUGACCCCAAAAGCUGUCUCUGAACCAAAUUUCAUCAUAAUUUGAAGUGUUGAGUAAAAAAAUCAGCAGUAUUUCAAAAAAAAUUUUUUUUUGCAGUUUUUUGUUCCUUGGGGACUAUGUUGAUCGUGGUGCAAUGUCGACUGAAUGUAUUUGUGUGUUAUUUUCGCUCAAAUUAAUCUACCCAAAAAAAUUCAUACUUCUUCGCGGAAAUCAUGAAUGCGCGGAUAUCAACCGAGUGUAUGGGUUGCAUCAAGAAUUGAUCGAUCGAAUUGGCGAGCAAAAUGGGGAGGUUAUUUGGCAUUUAUUCAACGAAUCUUUUGCACAUUUACCUUUGGCAGCAGUUGUUGGUAUGAGAAUUCUUUGUAUGCACGGUGGAAUAUCACCACAUUUGAAAAGUUUGGAUGACAUUCAAAAAGUGAGUGAUCCCUCCCAAACCUGAAGAAAACACAAAAAAAUAAGUAAAAAAAAAAUGUUGCAAAAAAUUUCGAACUCGCAUAGCGUGACCCCAAAAGCCAACGCGCUACCACUGCGCUAAGCACCUCACAUUUUUGAGUGUGUUUAUUUCUCUUCAUUAUUUCGUUUUUGUUUUUUCGCCAAAAGAUUUUUUUCAGCUGUGUUGGUUGCAAAUUCCCUCAAUAAAAAAAUCAAUAUUUCCUAAAGUUUCUCCAAUUUUCAGAUAUCGCGUCCGAUUCGAGAAGUGAAAUCUCAUCAACUUGCUCAAGAUUUGUUAUGGUCAGAUCCAAUGGAUCAAGCAAGUGUUCUCAACUCCUCGAAUCACCCGACUUAA